UUUUGACCGAAGAUGAAGUCGAUCUGGGCGACGACGCUCCUCCUCGCGGCCGCGGCCUACGGCGCGCUGCUCCCGACGCUGAGCUUUGAGAAGCCGUUCGACGCGAUCAGCGCCGACGGUGUCCGCGAAAUCUCGGACGACUUUUCUUUCGGCGGCCACGCGCAGGUGAACCGCCACUUUGUGCGCUUGACGACCGACCGCCAGAGCAAGCGCGGCCAUGUCUGGAGCAAGAACACGAUCGGGUCGGCGCAGCUCUCGAAGCCCGAGUUCUCGAUCAUCUUGACGUUCCGCAUCAGCGGCCAGGCCGAGCGCUGGUACGGCGACGGCAUUGGCCUCUGGGUCACGACCGAGCCGCGCCACACGGACGGCGCCAACCACGGCUUUACUGACAAGUUUACGGGCUUUGGCAUCGUCGUCGACACGUUUGUCAACACUGAGCAGCGCGGUGGCCACAAGGACGUCAUGUUCCUCACGAACGACGGCACGAAAAACGUCGACGACCUCCUCCACGGCGAGAAGCGUGGCUGCGAUGCCAAGGGCCUCCGCUACCACGAGCGCAACGCCAACUUUUCGCCGUCGCUGAGCAUGUCCCGCAUGAAGGUGCAGUUCUCCAACAACCGCGUCACGAUCCAGCUCGACCCGACCGACAGCGGCGUGUGGUCGCCGCCGUGCCACACGGAGAUGGUCGACUUGCCGGCCAACUGGUUCACGCAGGCGACGAUCGGCGUCACGGCCUCGACCGGAUCGCUCGCCGAUACGCACGACAUCAUUGGCCUCCAGGUCUACGAUCACAACGACGACCAGGAGAUUGCGGCCAAGGACGCCAAGAUCUUUGAGGACCGUCUGCCGGCGGCGUCGAUGGACGACUUGCAGGACAUUACGCAGGUCAACGACAUCAAGGUGCAGCGCCUCCAGAAGCAGUACAACCGCAUGAUUGAAGAUUUCGAGCACGAGUUUGCCUCCUUGAAGGAAGAGACGGCCAACACGAUCGCCAAGCUCCGCAAGCAGGAGGAAGACGACUCGAAGCGCAUUGCCGAGCUCGAAGCGUGGGUCAAUGGCCGCGUCAACGAAAAGGUCGACACGAAGGUCAAGGAGAUUGAAGCGACUGUCGACAACAAGCUCGACGAAAAGCUCGCGACCGCCGGCUCGACCGGCUGGAAGACGCCGUUCUUCCUCCUCAUUCUCGCGCUCGCCGGCGCCGCGGCCUUUGGCUAUAAGAAGUACCAAGAGCUCCGCAAGUCGCACUUGCUGUAAGCGUAGCGACGUAGAGCUAGCCUUGAAUACAUGACUGAUACAUUGCUG